UUUGGCCCAGAGUAACCCCGCUCGCUUGAGCUUUCCCCUCUAUUCCGCGCCUACCCCCGGCACGCCCUGAGAGCCCGCGGCGGUUGGGCGCUCGCUGCCCGCCCCUCUUCCUCCCUGCCGAGCUUCGGCUCACCCCCUCCCGGCCCGUGCGCGCGGCACCUCGUCAUGGCGGCCCUCAGCAAGUCCAUCCCUCAUAACUGCUACGAGAUCGGCCACACUUGGCACCCUUCCUGCGGGGUCUCCUUCGUGCAGAUCACCAGGGGCGCCCUGGAGGAGUCCCUGAAGAUCUAUGCUCCCCUGUACUUGAUUGCAGCAAUUCUCCGGAAACGAAAAUUAGAUUAUUAUUUACACAAACUGCUCCCUGAGAUCCUACAAUCUGCUUCAUUUCUGACUGCUAAUGGGGCCUUGUUUAUGGCUUUCUUUUGCAUUUUAAGGAAAAUACUUGGAAAAUUCUACUCAUGGAGUCCUGGGUUUGGUGCCGCUUUGCCAGCUUCUUAUGUGGCCAUUCUAAUUGAGAGAAAAAGCAGGAGAGGGCUGCUCACAAUUUAUAUGGCCAACUUGGCCACAGAAACACUAUUUAGAAUGGGUGUAGCAAGAGGAACCAUCACAACGUUAAGAAAUGGAGAAGUCCUUUUAUUCUGCAUCACAGCUGCCAUGUACAUGUUCUUUUUCAGGUGCAAAGAUGGUUUGAAAGGAUUUACAUUCUCUGCACUUAGGUUCAUUGUUGGGAAGGAAGAAAUUCCCACACAUUCUUAUUCACCAGAGGCGGCAUAUGCAAAAGUGGAACAAAAGACUGAGAAACAUGAGGAAAAACCAAGAGGAACGAAUAUAAUUGCUCUAGUCAGGAAGCUUGUGGAUUCAGUAUGUAAGCAUGGACCAAGGCAUAGAUGUUGCAAACACUAUGAGGAUAAUUGCAUCUCUUAUUGCGUUAAAGGUUUUAUCAGAAUGUUUAGCGUGGGAUACUUGAUCCAGUGCUGCCUCCGGAUUCCCUCUGCAUUUAGGCAUCUGUUUACACAGCCAUCCCGGCUAUUUUCUCUCUUCUACAAUAAAGAAAACUUCCAGCUCGGAGCUUUUCUGGGCUCUUUUGUUAGUAUAUACAAGGGUACUAGUUGCUUCCUGCGCUGGGUCAGAAAUCUGGAUGAUGAACUGCAUGCCAUUAUAGCUGGAUUUUUGGCGGGAAUAUCAAUGAUGUUUUAUAAAAGCACAACAAUUUCCAUGUAUUUAGCUUCCAAAUUGGUAGAGACAAUGUAUUUCAAAGGUAUUGAAGCAGGAAAGGUUCCCUAUUUUCCCCAUGCAGACACUAUCAUCUAUUCCAUCUCUACAGCAAUUUGCUUCCAGGCAGCUGUCAUGGAAGUUCAGACCUUACGACCAUCUUACUGGAAGUUCCUUUUAAGGCUCACCAAGGGCAGAUUUGCCGUUAUGAACCGAAAAGUCCUUGAUGUUUUUGGUACUGGUGCAUCUAAACACUUUCAGGAUUUCAUCCCUAAGUUGGAUCCAAGAUACACAGUUGUAACACCAGAGUUGCCCGUCGAGUUUUCUUGAAGAUGACCGUAACUUAUUAAUGUGACUUAAUGUUUCAUUAUUUUGUCCUAGAGAGUUAAUUAUGUUGAACACAAAGAAGGGGGCCUGAGCUUGAACGUCAGUGUUACUUCAAUGAGAGACGCUCUUUUUUUUUGUUUUUCUUACCAAUCAGAAAUACAGAAGCUUUUCAGGAAAGUGUUGCUUAAUAAUUAAGCUCCCUCUAUAGCCAGAAUCUCAUUCUGGAUCACUGUAAUGGUUGACAUUAUGAUAUAUUAUUAUCGAUUAAAUUAUAUCCACAAGCAAUAUUAAAUAAUUAUGUAGAAAUGUAGUAACAAAUAAGAGUAUACUUAAAAUUACUUUAAAAGAUGUUUUACUUCAUUCCAAUCUAAUUCUUGGUUAAAACUAAGAAUAUUUCUACAUUUUAGGAUACAAAGGAUCCACGGGUACAUGGAUUUGGUCUGUAUUUUUUUUUUUUUUUUAACUUCUGAAUUGGUAACUAUAGUAGUGAAAUGUUAUGGGUAUGGAGUAACUCUUCACAGACAGUGCUGCUUUAUUUAGUAGAGAGCAAAUUAAUUGGAGAAAGUGGCCAUUCUUAACUUCAGGGAUGCAAAGACGGGUAUCAUACUGUUGGGAUAAAUGCCGUGGUAUCCGUGCUCUUUUUCCACUGAUACCUUCAUCUCUCUCCAUGAUUAGUUGGGUUCUUCGGCAGCCAGUGAACCUAUGUAUUAGUGACAGGUUAGGAGCAAAUGGAAAUUGACGUAUCUGAUAAAGUUGAAACAUAUGUUUUAAUCUUUUACAGAAGCAUUACACUUGAAUAUUCAAAAACAAAUGAAGUUACUUUUAAACCUCCUGUAGGUUUAUUAUGUUUGUCUUCAUUUAUAAGGGCUGAAUUCUUCAUAGCUAAGUUUGUACGCUGUUGUCAAUUUAGAAGGGAUCAAAUUCUAUGGAACAAAAGUAGUUUGGGCAAGUUUGGCAGUUUGUUCCCUCAGCUGGUUCACCUAUACGGAUGUUUGACAACUAAAAACAUUCUAAAAAUCCAGUGGAGGUUUAAAAGUCCACUUCAUAAUUGGAUGCAGGUUCUCUAGCCUCUUUCCAAAAAAUCAUUAUCGUCACUUUUACUCAUGUUAGAGCAAAGAAGUGACAAAAUGUAGUCACUGCUGAUUAUGAGUUAGUUCAGGACAGCUUUGAUUGAAAUAUGAUCACUCUUUAGAGUUUUUCAGGGACAAGUUAUUCUUUUCUAAGUUAAUGCAAGGCUUAAGUGGUUGUGAUAUGUUACAUUAUAAUUAAUGUAACAUAUAGGGAUAAUGGUAUAUUUUUUUAAUAUAAUUUUGUUGCUGAAAAGUUUUAGGCUGCUGUAAAUUAAUUAUGCAGUAGAACUUGUGUAGCAAUAAGAAUUAUAACCCAGACUUUUUAAAUGCUUAAUUCUCCAUAUUCAAUUUCAUCAAGCCUUGUAUACUUCUGUUUACAUGGAAUUCUAACCUUGGUUGUUAUGGCAGAUUGAAACCAAACAAAAAAAGAGUAUCAGCGAGAGCCAGUUUAAUUAGGCCAAAAUUUUGCAGUGUGAUUAGCUUUUUAGGGUCGACUUGUCUAUUAGGCAAUACUGUUAAAGGAUCCUUUUGGCUUCAGACUUCCAAACUGAUUAAUAAAUUCAGUUUUAAGUUUUUAUUCACUGGAAUCAAAAUGAUGAUUAGUACUGUGUUUACUUUUAAAAAUGAAGUAUUAUAGCAGUGAAGAAAGCACUGCUACUUGCAUCUCAUUUUCUCUAUUCAGAAAUCAUGUUUAUCAUAUUUUUCCAUCAGUUAAACAGAAAACUUUUUAAUCCGUAAGUUAUUGUUUUCAUUCAGAUUAAAAGACUGAAAUUGAAAGACAAAUUCUACUGAGGUACGAUGAGAUUGUUUAGUGAAAUUUUCCUGGUCAAAAGGUGCAUUCCUAUGAUUUAUUUUUUUUAACACAAGGUAUAGCCAUCUUUUAUUUUAUAGAAAGUAUGAAAUGAAAUAACCAUCAUGAAGCAGAGUCAUACAAUGAAUGUAUAGCUGGAAUGAACAGUUAACUAGUUUGCAGUGGUGAAUAGAAAAGGACAAUUUGAUUUCAUUGGGAUGGAUUGCAAAGUAUCGAGCAAACACGAAGAAACUGUGUUUGUAUUCCUGACUUCAAUCAAAAUGAAUGUGUUUCUACCUCUAACUAACCAGGUAUGGAUUGGCAACUUGGCAUCAUAAAUAAAGUCAAAUAGAUGUGUCCAUUCCAAAACAUGUUUUUUAGUCCAUUUAUACUCCGAAGAAAUCCUGUCUAUGUUAAGUUUCCUUCCACUAGACCUGAUUAUAUUAAACACUUAUUAUGCCCUCUUAGUAUUUCCUACAUCUUUAUAUAGACUGAAAAACAGUGCAUUGAGGUGCUUAAUAGGAUUAUGGUUGUUUCCUGUAUUGAUUAACUAUUUCCUGUAUUAGUAAAAUCCUACAGUUAGUACCAACCAAGUGAAGAAACAAGUUGCAUGAUAACAAAUUGUCUCAAUUCUGUUAGAUUCUUACCCAUUUUUCAUCAGAUAGUUUAGUCCAUUUUAUUACCCGUUUCUGAAAUAAAACCUUUUGAUUCGGUUGUCUUUUUUUUUUUUUUUAAUAAAUUCUAUGAUUUCUUCUGUAACUUUUCUUGAUCUGUAAACAUUGUAGUUUCUCAGUUGAUGCCUAGUAUAUUUUUUGCUUUCAUUUCUUCUUUAGUCAGUGGUUAUUUAGUUUAGAAUUUUAUCUUCUUACUCGUUGCUCUUAUUAGAUUUUAGAAUUUACUUUUGUCUCAAACAAACAUGUCUUUCAUGACGAAACCCAACUCGGUCAGUUGUCACACAGUGUGUUCUUGUUGAGCUUGCGUAUUCAUCUUCUUGUAGAUUUUGUCUAGGCUAACAAUUGAUUUAGUUGUUAAUGCUGACAAAAUUGUUUCUGCUUGUACGUUAUCACAUUCCUGAGUUUCUAAGUCCUCUGAUAAUGUCUAGUUAAGGAGAAUCAGUUUUCUUUACCUUCAAGGAGCUUCGUCCACUUGCUCUGGCACAUCCUCCUAGCAGUGGGGGUCAAGUGGCCUCGCUGCAGGGCCAGAGGGGCGUGCCCACUGGGAGCAGUGGCCUGGUGUUUUUGCUGCCUUUGAAUCAGAAGUCACCGAGCCCUUAGAGCCCUUGAGUUCUCCCUGUGAUUUAUUUUUACUAGUAUAAGUAGAAAGUAAUUUGUCAGAGCGACAGAAUCUUCUUGCACGGAUGCUUUUUGGCUCCACAAAGAGAAAAGUAUUCAUGUCUGAACUGUGAUCUUGUUAACAUAUCUGAUACACUUUAUCUCCCCUAACACCUUGACCUGUCGCUGCUUAUCUCUUCAGUAUUCAUUUUCAGAUAGACGAUUUAGGUAGCUGAAAACGAGUGACCAAGAAGAAGACCUAAGAAAAACAGUAAGAAAUAACUGUUUUCUGUGGGGCUGGGCUAAGGCUAGCUCAGGAGACUGUUACAGUCGCCGUAACUCUGCGCCUCCUCUUCAUAGCCCUUUCCUGCUGGUGCGUUAGCUGGCUCUGCAAUUCCUUCCUGUGGAGUUGGCAAGGAAACGAGUGUAGGCACCGAGGUGGCUGUGAGGUCAGCUGUGCCCCGGGGCCCGGGGGCUGUGUGGACUUCCCUCUAGCCAGGGACUUCCCUCUUCCCUUAACUUCAAGAUUAAGGCUGUGUUUUCUGUUUCAAGCUGUAGCCUCAGGUGACUUUGUAAAACUUCCAUAGUUAGGGAAAGGGUAACUACAAAGAAAUGAGACUGACAUUGAUGUGUGAUUUCUGGGUCAGGAGCUUGACCGUGACGUAGCACGUGUCCUAGGACUGCAGCAGGACAGUGCGUAGCCUGAAGCUUACAGCUGUGGUGAAUAAGAAUAUGUGCUGUUUUAUAUUGAGAAAAGUGAGUGACUUUUAAUUGGAGGAAAGAAUUAAUAUCUGGUAACUGAUUUCUUGCUCUUUGAUGUGGCCUCUCCCUCCCUUUUCAUGCUUCAGUCCCAGCUGUCACCUUUCUCCUCUUUCCCAGCCUUGGAAUCUUCAUGUCUGGCCUCAUGUUACCUCUCUGCACUCCUCGUCCCCGUGCCUCUUGGCUUUCUUCUGCUGGUUGGUGUUAUGUUCCAACUAUGCUCCUUGAAUGUGGGUGCUCCAUCGCUCCCUCGGGUGACAGCUGGUUAGGUGGGGCCCCUAGAAGGAUCGUGAAAAUGGAGUAGAACUUUCUGAGGAUGGUGACUUGUGAUAUGGCUCUGCACUUGUUAGGCAGGAAGAAAUGAAGGUUAACUGCAGAGAUGCGGGAGGAGAUGGACCUCUGUAAUGUGGGACCUUUAAAUCCAGGACAGUCAGUCUUUUCUCAACAACAGCAUAACAUCACCUGACUUUUGCCGUGGCUACACAGGAGGAAGAACUCAUUUCCUGUUGCUUUCUCUAUUUUCUUUCCACCUUUACCUCAUCCAAAUGUGCCCUAAGUGAAAUAAUACAUUGGGCUUUAACCUUAGCCUCUGCAGGCCUGAAAAUCCCAGUAAUCACACACACGCACACACGCACACACGCACGCACCAUCUGGUCCACAGCAGAUGUCUCAGGCGAGGCGUACUUCUUCUCCAGCUCACAAGCCACUGCAGCUUGCCUGUUCGGUCUUGUGUUCAGUUUGAGGUACUCCCACCGCCCCCGCCCAUCCUCUGCCUCCACCCCUGCCAAAGCAUUCUGACCCUGUCAGAAAACCCCAGACUGCAGGUAAUAGGAUGUUCCCUGGUCCUAGCACACGGCAUAGCGGUCUCAGCAUCCCUUCAGGCUUCUACAGGUGGACCUGUGGACCUAUAUUGACUGCAGUCCCCCAGGAAUGUUACUUUCCUCUGUCGUUUAAUUUGGACCAGGCAAUUUCUGAGGGCUGUUUCCUCAGUAUCUACUAAACUAUUUUAGUUAUCAAGUAACCCCUUAAAUGAAUUUUCUUUUCUGGGUGAUUUUGGUCCCACAAGAGGACCCUGUGACUGUGGAGAGAGAUUGGUACCCAAGGUCUGAAAAGGUUUAAAGCAUGAAGUAAUCCUGUUGUGGGUCAUUAUAGGAUGGGGUGCCACAAGGGGUGCGUGAGAAGAGUGUAAGUACACAUUUCACGUCUUACCUCUUCCCUCCUAUUUGUUUCUUUACCACCAGGAAAGCCUGGGCUUUCCUACCACAUCUUUGCCAUUUAUUUCUUCAGUUUGAGUUCUCCAGGGAAAAAAUGAAGUCCUUAUUUUCCUGUUUGUUUUAGGGAAAGUUGAGACUGGUAAGAGUCUAAAGGAAUGUUGUGGAGUCUGUAAGGAAACGAGGUAGCUUCUCCACUCCUCUCCCCUCAGAAGGGAGCCAGAGGGAUUCAUUCAAAGUGGGAGUGUUUAGAGUCGUGUCCCAGUGACCUGUGUGACCGUUGUACCCUACAAGACUUGGCGUGGUGAAGAGGCAGUGUGUGAAGGGGGAGGAAAGAGUUUUUUUCUCAGAAUUAUUAAAGUAGGUGCCAGGUCUGCAGCGUUAUUCUGAAUAUAAACCUGACUGGAGGCCAGUGGUCCAACUAGCUGUUAACUAGCGAGGUACUUUGCUUCAUCAAAGUAUUCGGUGUUUGUGGCAUGAAUGAAUGAAUGGCCUUGUGAUGCUUAAGAAAGGCAGCAGUUAAGUGGGAAAUGUGUUAAAAGUAUUAAGGGAGGUUUUAUAUGAAUAAAAAUUGUAACUUCCUCUUUUUGAAAUUUAAUUUGUAAUAUAGUCGAAUCUGCAAAACCACAGGAAGGAAUUCAGUUGCAUCUAAAUCUGAGUCUGCAGUUUGGGGAAGGCUGUCAUUCUCAGGAAAAGCAGUAAGGUUCUCCUAAGACCAAAGAGGGCAGAAUAAAUCUAUAAAACUAGAGGUAUACUUGAAUCAUCUGGGCUUUUUUUUUUUUUUUCCUCCAUUAGAACUCUUGUUUCACUAGAACUUGGAUUCAAGUUCAAAAAUGGGAUUGUAGUUAUUGUUAAUUGCUCAUCUAAUGAUUGUUUAAUCCUUCUUCCUUGCCGAGAACACUUACUUUGUUUAAGGCGGCAAUAUGCCCGGCCCCAGGGGAUGGAUCAUGAUUUUUCUAGGCCUUUCAUGUUACUCCUUCUUAUCCAGAUACUUUUCCGACCUUUCCUCUGAAGAUGGUCAUAUGACCCAGUCUGGGCCAAUAAGAUGUAGUGGAAAAUCUGGGAAACUCUCAGGAAAUUUUUUUCUUGCCUGAUUAAAGGAAAGCUCUUUUCAACUCCUUUUGUUUUCUCGUUCAUAACACUAGUUAAUGGCAUCUGGAUCUGUGGCAGCGGUCUUGCAAACAUGAGGUAAAAAGUAAAAAGAUGAAAACCCACCACGUUAAAGGUGUCACAGCUGAAAAAUGGAAAGAACCUGCCUCCCAGAUGCCAUUCGAGCCACCGAAUCGAUGCCAGUAACCACAUACCUCUGAGCAUUUUGAGCAAACAGACCUCCAUGUCUUAAGGCUGUACUAGGCAAGGAUUCUGUUACUUUGCAGUUGAAAACAUUUCUAAUUGACACAUUCCAAUCCUAUAUAGAUCAGGCCUCAGAUUCAUUUCCCAGGGUAUGCCUCCCUCCCUUGACUUAGAAUGUUCCCUUUUCCUCCCCUACUCCACUUCUGCCUGUGUUCUGAAAUAUUCAGUCUCCUCCUCUUUGAAAGUUGGGCUGAUCUUUUAUCCCUGUCUCUCUGAAGCACUUUGCUAACACUGCACAUAGAGCGCAUUCCAUUUUCGAUUAGCUGUGUACUCACCUGUUGCUCCUUUAUAUUCUGGCGUAUAUUUGAAGGGCAGAACCCACGGCUUAUCCCCAUCUCGGUGCCUAAAUCAGGCCUCUAUACGGGGAUUAUAGGGAGGAGUUAGAGUGGGAGGGGGUGGUCCCAGCAGCUGCCUGUUGAAUAUAUGCUACCUCUGUGGAGUCUGCAGACUAAAAAGCUACCCUUAGUCCUCCUGUAAAAGUCUGGAAAAUAUUACCCUUACGAAUGAUUUUGUAAAUACUCCAGGAAAUUGUCUUCUAUUACCAUUCCAGCAGCUAUUGGAGCCAGUUUGGCUUCAGGUCUUAGAGAAAUGAUUUGUCAUCUGUUUCAUUUGUCUGCUUUUUCCUGACAGAGCUGGAAUUCUGGAUUGUUCCACACUUGAAAACGCCAAAUCCGAACCAGAGUUAGACAGGGCAGGACUCAAGGCUCUUCCUUCCCACUAAUUUUACAGGGUAAAAAUUCACAGGCAGUUUCCUAGAAUUACACUUUGCGUCUGGCUUUUCAAUAGCCUAUUACGAUUACUUUUUCCCUAUCACAGAGAGGAUAUUUGAGAGGGAAAAGCUUGAAAUCACUCUUAUCAGUACAGGCAGGGCCCUAACAGAUAGCUUCUCUGAUACUCAUGUUUUUAGGGGGAAAAUAAGGCAACUAAAAUGUAUGAGGUGCCUCUGAUAUAUAGCAGAUUGUUUACAUCUCAUGCAAACCUCACCACCUAAUAAUAGAUAGAUAUUAUUAGUUCUGUUUUACCAGUGAAAGAACUGGUAAUUUGCCCAAAGUGGCAGUACUGGAAUUUGAGCUCAGAUCUUCCAGAGUUGAAAGUUUAAGUUUUGUUUUGUUUUUCUCAGAACAUAACCGUACCUCCCAAGAGGUGGUAUCUUCACUCCCCUCUGUUAAAAGUAAUCAUAUAACAUCGUAAUAAAGAUCUUGCCUCCAAAAA